ACAUUUAUUCUACAUUGGAUACGCAGUUUCUGGUUUGUUCUCUGUAUCACAUUAAUACGUUUUUUUUUCUGAAAAUGGAUGAUAUAUUGCAAGUUUUGCAUUCAAUUUGAUGCAUUUUAUUGUGGAUUCACAUUCUUCCUUCUUCCCAAAAUUGUACCUGUGAAAGAAAUUAUAGUUAAUCCGAAUUUUAAAAAAUGUGUUCAAAGGGAGUGCCAAGAAUCAAGUAAUUCUUAAAAAUGUGUGUUUGUGUGAGGAGAAAUAUCAAUUUGCAAUGUUCUCUCAUAAUAUGAUAUCAUCCUGGAGUCGUUUCGAUUUUACAUGAAUAUAUUGGACCAAAUGGAUACAAAUGCUGAUACAUCGGACGAUGAGCUUGAUAUUAAAAGUAUCAAAAGUAAAAAAUCUGGUAAAAAGCGCGAAAAGAAAAAGGAUAAGAAUGAAAAGAAAAAGGAAAAGACAAACAUAAGUGAUAAAGAUAAUACAGAUAAAGUGGAAAGGAAGAAUUCGAUAAACAAAUCAUUUGUAACUUUUGGGGAGUAUCGAAUCCUUGGAAAAAAGGGUGAAGGUACAUUUUCUGAAGUAUUAAAAUGUCAACAUAUAAAAGAUGGCACUUACUGGGCCUGCAAGAAGAUGAAACAAACAUACGAAAGUAUUGAACAAGUAAACAAUUUAAGAGAAAUCCAAGCCAUGAGGAGACUAAGCCCCCAUUCCAAUAUCCUGGAACUUCAGGAGGUCAUAUUUGACAAGAAGUCAGGAACAUUAGUGCUUAUAUGUGAAUUAAUGGAUAUGAAUAUAUAUGAAUUAAUUAGAGACAAGCAGCACUAUAUGCCUGAAUCUGUUGUUAAAAAUUACAUGUAUCAACUGCUAAGAUCUGUAGCUCAUAUGCAUAGGCAUGGUAUAUUUCACAGAGAUGUUAAACCUGAAAACAUAUUAAUUAAAGAAGACUUGUUAAAAUUAGCAGAUUUUGGUUCUUGUAGAAGUGUAUACUCAAAACAACCCUAUACAGAAUAUAUAUCUACCAGAUGGUAUAGAGCACCUGAAUGUUUAUUAACAGAUGGUUACUAUACAUAUAAGAUGGAUAUGUGGAGUGUUGGUUGUGUCUUCUUUGAAAUUCUCAGCUUGCAUCCUCUGUUUCCUGGUUCUAAUGAAGUAGAUCAAAUAGCUAAAAUCCAUGACAUUUUAGGAACACCAGAUCCUUCAGUACUCAAUAAAUUAAAAAAGUCACGAGGAAUGAACUUUAAUUUUCCAUCUAAGAAAGGUAGUGGUAUAGAAAGAUUACUGCCACAUGUUAGCACUGAUGCUGUAGAAUUAAUAUAUCAAAUGACUACAUAUGACCCAGAUGAGAGAAUGUCAGCCAAACAAGCUUUGAGACAUCAGUAUUUCAAAGAUCUCAGGGAUGCUGAUAAAAGGGCAGCCAUGAUGGCCAAAGCAAAACAACAACAGCAACAGCAGCAUGAAGAAAAGGAAAAGAAAACUUUAGAUUUAACUAAACCAGUGCCUCCAUCAGAAAUAACUGCUUCACCUGAUAUGGACACAUCACGAUCAGAAAAGAAGAAAUCUGAUUCUGAUGCCAGCAGUAGUACAAUAGUACCUAGUCUACCUAAAGCUCAAUCCUUACCCAGUCAUCCUCAUUUAUUUAAAGAUAGAAAACGAGUUCCUAGAAGAAAUAAGAAAUUAAUAGAAAGCCAUCAAUUUACAAAUCACACAGGACUUAAUCUUCCGAAAGUUCCGAUGCAUACAGGUUCAAUAAACCCCUCAUUUCAUGCUGCUGCUUUCUCAGGGUCUUAUAGUGCAUUACAUAACAAUGGAACUAUGUCUUUACUACCAAGUAUAAAUAGUACUUAUAAACCACAUAAAGCAAACAGUAAAGCAACAAAGAAUAUAUUGAGUACAAACACUUAUCUCCCUUCGCUAGAUAGACGAGGGGCAGGAUUUUAGCAGUCUAUUGUAACCAUGACAAUUCUAUAUACAGUUCUGUUGAUGACUGAGAUAUUGUUUGAAUGUGCAGAUGUGAAGCCAUAUUUAGAUAUUCAUUAUUUUGUGGUAGCCAUGUUUUACAAUUAGUAAGCUGCAUCAUUUUAAUAGAACGCAGUGUUUUUUAUCAAGAAAUCUGUUCUAUUCUGACAGUGCUAUAUCUUUUAAAACAUUGUUCUGUAAGCACCUUUAUUGUUUACACAAUUUUAAAGUCCAUAAAAAGAACAGAAAUUUCUAGUCAUUGGCCGUUUCAGAAUCUGAAAGACUGUAUGUUAUUUGUUUGUUCAUACCUCAAAAUGAUAAUAAUGUCACAUCAUUGGUUGAACUUCCAUUGUUUAUGAUGAUAUGCACUUUUGAAAAUAUAACCCAGAAUUCAUUAGAUUCUGAAACGGCCAAUUACAUUAUGUAAACAUCUGUAUGGCUAGUCAUUUUGUUGACAGACAUUGCUCAAGAAUCUGCCAGUUAUUUUCACCAAAUGUCAGGAGAUAGCUAACUGUAGCAUCUCUUACAAUUCCAUCACGUUUUCACAGAUUUAGUUGAUAUAGAUACCAAACAUUUUACUACUUGACGAACAAACAACAAUGUGAUAUUCAUAUACAGAAAAUUACAGAAAUUAGUUGAUGCGACAUCAAUUAUUCAUGUAGCAUUUGAAAUCUUUCAUUGUACUCACUAUUGACAGGGUAUAUGGUUAUCUUCUUAACUCUUAAGAAAUGAGCUUGUUCAUACUUAUUUAUAUAUACAAACAUCAGAACCAUAUAUGUGUUUUUUAGUUUCAUGUAUGUUUUUUCAAAUGUUUUUGAUUGGUUUUGAAGAUGUUCUGAAAGAUAAUUUGAAUUCCAUUUUUUUCAUAUUAUUAAUUUACUAUUUUCACACGUUGUCUCCUUGGCAAUUAUACCAUAUCCUUCCUUUUAUUUUUAUUAAUAUAUUGCUUUAUUUAAGUAAAAUAUAUUUGAUAAUACAGUUGAGAAUUACAAAUUUAUUGUGAGACUGGUUUUUGCAUAACAUAGACCAUUCCUGAACCUCUAAUCUCUACAUUUUUUUAACCCUUGUUCAGAUUAUCAGAAUUAUUCCAGUUAAAAUUAUAUUUUCUUAUUGCAUAAAACUUUUCUUUGAGGACAUCUUCUUGAGUAGAUUUUUAGCAUGUUACUGUGAUAAUGUGUGAUGAUGGCAUUCAUUUUAGAAAACCAAGUAAAUUGUUAGUUAAAUGUAUAACCUAUUUAUUGUGAAGGAUGAUAGUGAGUUUUAUGUGAAAAAGACCUUAAUAACAGUAUUCAUUUUAGUUGUACAUAGUAUUUUAUACAUGAUUAAUGACAAUGCAUUUAUAAUGUGUAACCAACUGUGAUUUGUCAUUUAGAUGGUGCCAUUGUUCAAGUCAUUCUAACACUAACACCUUUAUAUUUUGGGAGAAGUGUCUUAUAUGACCCUCCAAUUCAGGAUUCAACUUGUGGUAAAUUGUUUCUGUUAAACUUGACCUGUAAUUUAGCACAAAAGCAGUAUUUAUUUUGGAUGCAAAUGAAAUAAAACCUUUUGACACGAAUGAAAUACAAUUUUUUUUUAAAUAUACUUCUAUGAAUGAUUGAUUACAAGAUUUCUAUUUUGAAAAGUGUUAAGAUUGCAAUUAUGUCACUGUUUCAUUUAAGACACCAGUCCAAAUGCUUGCAAUCACUUGUGAAAUAGUUCCAUGUUUUUCACUAUAUAUAUACAUGUACCAUGUACCGUUCACAAGUUUUCUUUUUUGGACUAAUUAGAUACUGUUCAAGACAAAAAAUGUAAACUGAAAAAAUCACAUGCAAUUUUUUUUUUAAAUAUUUGGAAGGUGAAUGUUUAUACAUCAACAAGAUUUAGCUUCUUUAUAUAUAAAUUCAUCAGAAUAAAAGCAAGUAGAUCUAUGGGUCACCAUAUAGCUAUCCACAAUGAGACACUGCUGAUACCAGUGACCUUCAGUGUUUUUUUAAGCCUUUUUUGGUUAUGAAGGUCAUGGUAUAAACUAUGAUUAUGAAGCUCAUUUAGUGUACUUAUUUUAAGUUGGUUUUCGUUUUGUUUAGCUGAUGACAUCAUAUGAAUAGGGUAUAUUUUGCAUGAUUUUUUGUCAACCGAAAUCUAAAUUGUAUUCCACAAAAAGCAAUGUAUAUAUUUUCAUUGCAACAGAGAGCAUAAAAAGUUACAUGGAAUAGAAUGUUGGAUGUAUCAUUUAUAUUAAUAUAUUAGAUGACUUUACAAUGGCAUCAACCCUGUGAUUAAAUGUUAAUUAUAUGUAAAUUUUAUUUUUGUUAAUUAUGUUAUUGCCAAAAGCUUUCAGUUUUCUAUAACCUUUGUGUAACCUUCAGAUCAUGUUGGAAGAAUUCAUUCUUCUUGUUAUGGAAAUGUUAUAGUUUCCAGCAACUCAGUUAUGUAUAGGUUUUUGUUACAUUAUCAAUUUAAAUUUUAUUAAUUCUUUUAAAAAUGUUGCAUUUUAUACAUUAUAGACUUUAAAAAAUAAUUGGCAAAUAUAUUGGAUUUUAUAUAUUUGAAUAUUUAAAGGUGAAUGUGGAUACAUAGACAAGGUUUAGGAAAUUUUAUGUCAAUCACUAAAACCUUGGAUUUUUUUAAAACAUUUUAUUUUAUUUAGAGUAUUAAAGAUUUCAUUUAUAUCAGCAAAAAACAGAAUAAUUUGACAAACUGAACUAAUUUUAGAAAAUCAUGAUAAGUUUGAGAUGAAUUGGAUAUUUAUAACGAAGCUUAUACACGGUACUUUGAAUGAAUUUUUAUAGAAAUAUUUCUUUUUUUGUUAUAUCAUUCAGGAGAAUAGGUAUUUUUUUAUAUCUGAAUAGAAUAAAGAAUAAAUCUUACGGUACCGGUAAUCAAGUUUUUUUAAUAUUUACAUGUUACUGUACUUGAAUUCUUUAUAUAUCAUUUUAUGAUGUUUUUGACUUGAGGCAAACCAAAAAUUGCAAGUCCAUAAGAAGAUUUUUUAUAACUAUUAAAAACACCUUGAAUACCAACAUUUGAACAAGAAACAAAAUGUACACAGUAUUAUAAGGACUAAGUGCCUUGUUAUAAUAAAUAAAUGUCCCUGUUAGCUGAUAUUGUGUUGUAUCAAAUCAGUAUUGUUAACCCUUUGAUAUUUUGAUCCUGUUAAUAAAUUGGGUAUCUUGUUAAAUAACCGCAUGUACUCUCAGUUUGUUAAAGCAGUAUAUUUAUGGUGGCAUUCAAGUUACACAAAUUGAACUUAUGACGAGUUCAUUCUUGGUCUUUUUAGCAGAUAUAUUUCUUGAUGUUUUAAGUUGUUACAUUUGAAGAAACGUGACUGCUAUUUGAUUCAAAUUUGAAAAGAAAAAUGUUAUUAUAAAGAAAAUAGUAAUAUCUGUUAAUUUUGAUAAUCACUUUUGAAGUUCUUAAUUUUCAUUUUAGCAAGUUUAUGAUAUAACCACUGAUUUCUAUAUAUACAUGUGAACAAACUGCCACUACAUUAUGAGGGUUCUCAUGCUCCAUGAUAUUUUUAAGAGAGCACAUUACAACCUUUAUUUGUCAGCUCAAGUUUGAUUUCCACUGUGUUAGGUGAUACCAUUCACAAAUUAUAAUUAUUUGUAAAAUGUUUAGGAAAAAAAACCUAUUUAUUUUAUUUUACAAUUUAGUGCUUUUCUGAGUGUUAUACUUAGCCUUUCAAUUUAUGCCUAAUGUAGUGGCCAAAAAAGUGGGUAUAUUAUUUUGAAUGAUACUUUUUUUUUAAGACUUAUUUGGUCUUAGUUUGCAAAUCCAUUGUUAAAGGUUAAACAUAGGUUACGUUUUCUGUUGGUUAUGAAAAUUCAAUAAAGUAUUGUUGUUAAAUAUAUAUUAAUAUAUAUAUAUAGACAACAGGGAAUUCAGGGAGCGUCUUUUGGUUGUGCAAGCUUUUUAUUUGUUUAUUCAGUUGAUUUAUAAUUAAUUUUUGGCUUUUUGUUUUUCACUUUUUGAUCAGACAUUCUUGAUAAAAAUGUAUUAUUUAUAUCAAAUUUAUUUCAGUCUUCAAAUUUUGAGUUCUUUUUCUAAUAUAAUUUUCCAAUAAUUUUCUAAUGUUUUUUAUAUGAACUUGCACAAUUGUUUUCAAAUUUUGCUGCUUUAUUUAAGAUUAAAUAAUGAACAGAAAUGUUGUUGUUGUUGGCUGAUUACAUUCUAAAUAUUAUCCUAUUUUACUAUCUAUUUUCUUUUAAAUUUUUCUAUUUAAUGUUAAAACAUUUUGUUUUCUUGAAGCUUAUUCUUAGAAAACCAAACAAUAAAACUGAAUUAAUAAAGAAACAUACUGACUCCCUUGUAUUUUAUGUUAGUAUCUUAGUGAAAAUCAAUCCCCGUCCAACAUUUUAUAUAAGUUUUUAUUUUAAUAUGUGUUUUUAUUUCUUAUUCUGUGAUAUUGAAGCAGUGUAACAUAUCAUUUUAACUUGGUUAUUUAAUUAUUUAAAAGUCCUACUUGAAAGGAAAUGAUUAAAAAUAUCUAUAUACA